AUACAAAUAAAACAAGAAGCUAUGCUCUGAUUUUGGGACGCUUUGUUCUUGGAGGCGGAACUGUAUUACGGGACCAGCCGGAAGUGGUUGGGGGGGAGGCCGGAAGUGGGUGCGGCGAUGCGGCGGCGGGAGGUCGGUGCCGGCGGCGCCGCUUCACCCGGAAAGCCUGAGCGAUGUGAAGGAGACGACGCCCACACCUUGUACAGAUCGAGUGAGUCUGACCAGGGGACAGACACAGCUUCCUGCAGUGAGCAUCAGCAAUCUCCCAGCCAGUUGUCGAUGUCGGGGAGUGGAGGUGAUCCACAGUGUGAGAGCAACAGCAACAAAAGGAGAAGGCAGGACAAUGGGACUCCGCUGGCGCGCUUUGAUCGGAAGCACUUGAGCGUCACAGACCUGAGUCGCCAGGCUUGGUGCGAGCAGCAGGUGGUUUACGGGCUGGAGCUGCCGCACAUUCUGCAUCUACGUGACGAUGCACCAGUCGUGAAGACUGGCAGCAGCAUCCAUCUGGCAAGAGAGUUGGAGAUUCAGGACAUCGUCCCAAUAAACAUCGAGAGCCGAGAAGAUAGUUGGGCUGUUAAACUUGUUAAUUUUCUCUCGAUGAUACAGUUCUUGCAGGCAGGAGAGCGCGUACGAGAGCUGCCCGUGUUUGGAGAAGUGGAGGGGAUUUUGCUGGUGGGUGUGAUUGACGAGCUGUGCUACAGUCCCAGUGGCGAGCUGGAACUGCGGGAGCUGAAAACCCGUGCCCAGCCGACAUUCCCCAGUGCUGCCCAAAGGAAGAGCCACCACUUACAAGUCAGUGUGUACAAGCUUCUGUUUGAGGCUUUGGUCAAAGGCCAGCUGAAGAAAGACACAAUCGUUCAACAUCUUCAGUUGCAAACCGAGCGGAGCUUUGGUUCGGAGGUCAUGCUGCACGCUAAGAGGAUGGGCCUGUUUGUGAACACAUUUGGUGAACUCUUGGAUUUGAUAUUUUUGAACCUGAUGUACAUUGAGAUCCCCACCAUUGACGUUCUGAAGAUCGAGUACUGCUACCAAGCCGAUGCCUCUGUGAUCGGGACGGAAGUGGUGCGCUUUGAGGAGAAGCAGGUUGUAAAGGAGCUGAAACAUUACUGCUCCUUCUGGAAGGGCCAGCGGGAGGCCCAGGGGGUGGAUAUCGAGGAGGCCUGGAAAUGCCGAUCGUGCGACUUUGCAGACAUCUGUCAGUGGAGAGAGAAGAAAGCCGAAGAAGCUGUCGAGAGGAAUCGAGCAAAUCACAGAAAAUGAUCAUAAUUUAGUUUGGACCUACAGGCCCUUUGGCCCACCGAGUCCGCAUCCACCCACGAUCCCCGCACACUAGUACUAUCCUACAUUGCGAACUAUUUACACUUAUACAAUGCCAAUUAACCUACAAAUCUUACGUAAGGAACUGCAGAUGCUGGUUUAAAACGAAGGUAGACACAAAAUGCUGGAGUAACUCAGCGGGUCAGGCAGUAUCUCUGGAGAGAAGGAAUGGAUGAUGUUUCGGGUCUGAAGAAGGGUCUCGACCCGAAGGUCAAUGAUGGACCUGUACUAGAUAUUUUUGUGAUGAUUUAUCUUUGAUGUGGAAAUGAAAAUAACUUGUUUUGUGACACAUUUCAUAACCAGAGGUUGUUCCAAAGGACUUUGGUCAAUUAAAUUCUGCUAAAAGUUGUUAACUGCACAUAUUAUUGUGUUGUGAAACACAUUUUAUAUUUCACUGAUUGUAAGUAGUGAUCCAACCGAUGCAUUUAGACAAAGUGUACCUGUUUCCGUAAAAAGCUUUCGGGACAUGAGUUGCACGGUGGCACAACGGUAUUGCCUUACAGCACCAGACACCCGGGUUAGUUCCUGACUAUGGGUGCUUGUCCCUACAAAGUUCUCCCCGUGACCUGCAUGGGUUUUCUCCAAGAUAUUUGGUUUCCUCCCACUCUCCAAAGAACGUACAGGUUUGUAGGUUAAUUGGCUUUGUAUCAACGUAAAAAAAAUGUCCCUUGUGUGUGAAGAGUAGUGUUAAUGUGCGGGUAUCGCUGGUCUGUGCGGACUCUGUGGGCCGAAGGACCUGUUUCUGCGCUGUAUCUCUAAACUAAACAAUGCAUUCCAGAUUUCAACCACCGUAUAAUUAAAAGGUCCACUCCAAAUCUUAUCAUUACCUGGGUGUAGAUGCAGUUGCUGAGGUGAAAAGUUUUUCAUUAUUUACUAUAUCGAUGCCUCGUAUACAUCUGGAUGGAGUUAUAAAACGUAUCUCUGUCUAGAAUUCCAAUUGAGACUGUCUUAUCGGAAUGGGAGGAGGCAUUUCACAUGAAAUCUAAGAAUUGGCCUGCCAGUAUCUCAGUGAUUCAUUUCAAUGUCUUUG